AGCAGGCACCGGGUCCCCAGGCGGAGCGGCGGGCACCGGGCAACCAGGCAGGGCGGCAGGCACCGGGCCCCCAGGCGGAGCGGCAGGUCAUCUGGCUCAACAGCGGGCAUCGGGUCACCAGGCACGACAGCGGGCAUCGGGUCACCAGGCAUCAGGUCAUCUGGCUCGACAGCGGGCACCGAGUCAUCUGGCAAGGCAGUGGGCACCGAGUCACCAGGCGUGACAGCUGGCUCUGAGUCACCAGGCAUUGGAUCGUCUGGCUCGACAGCGGGCAUCGAGUCAUCAGGCACGACAGCGGGCAUCGGGUCACCAGGCAUUGGAUCGUCUGGC